GAACAAACAUGAUAUAAAAAUGAUAUAAUUCCCACAUUCUCCUCUCAGCUCAGCAGCCAGAGGUGGUGGAGGUGCCACAGGGGGAGAAGUCUGUCGUGCUGCCCUUUAAGACCACAGCUGACCUUCCUGAGAACGUCACAGUGGAGUGGACACUCACUGAACCCAAACAAAUGAAGGUCCACGUGUAUGAGAGUGGAAAUAAUCAGCCUGUCAAACAGGACCAGGGUUACAGAGGUCGCACAGAGAUGGAUGAAGAUCCACUGAGAACUGGAGACUUCAGUCUGACUCUGAAAGACCUCCACCUCACUGACAGUGGAGUCUACACCUGCACCGUCUACAACAAGGAUGGACACAAGCUGCUACAGAAAUCAGUGAUACUCAGUGUCAGAGUCAACAAAGUAGAGGCAGUGGAGGUGCCAGAGGGGGAGGGGUCUGUCCUGCUGCCCUUCUUCAGGCUGUCACAGUGGAGUGGACACAACAACAUGAAGGUCCACGUGUAUGAGAGUGGAAAACAUCAGCUGGGUAAACAAGACCAGGGUCACAGAGGUCGCACAGAGAUGGAUGAAGAUCCCCUGAGAACUAAAGACCUCAGUCUGACCCUGAAAGACCUCCACCCUACUGACAGUGGAGUCUACACCUGCACCGUCUACAACAAGGAUGGACACAUGCUGCUACAGAAAUCAAUGUGACUCAGUGUCAGAGGGACAUGAACCAAGAACAGGAACGUCUGACUGCUGAAGAAACAGUCUGAGGAGGAGGAGGAGCUGGUGAUGAAGAGCAGCCUGUGUGUAUAUACAGGAUGAAGUAUUUAGUGUGUAUUAAGAUGAAGAUGCAGCUUUGCUUUAGCCUUCCUCUGCUAACAGCUAACAGCUAACUAACCUCAGCCAGAUGUUCUGCUGCUGUUUCUCUAACAUUAGAAGUUUACAAUGAUGAUGACCCCGAGUGUGUUUCUGCUGUUCUGAUGGAUCCACAGAGCGUCCUGACUCUGUGUCACAUGUUAGCUUCAUGUGGGUCAAAGGUCAAAGCUGCUGACUGUCAGGAAGCUUCAGAGAAGAUCAGACAAACAGAUGAAACACCCUCUCUGAACUCAGAGCUCCAAUCAGAGCAGGAAGGACCUGUGAUGGAAGCCCUGAGGCCACACCCACACUUCCUGUCAGUGCCUGUGAUUGACAGCUGCCUCCAUCAGUAUCAUAUAUAUCCAUAUAAUCACCCUGACGCUAUGAUGUUGUGAUGUUGGUUCUGUAUGAACCACAUUAAAUGUUUUUACUUAUUAA